UUUAUGCUCCACACAGUUGGCGGCGGUAAUGUGUACGUUUUGUUUUUGCGAUCCAUCAGAAAACAAAGAAGAAACCGCGUUCACAUGUCAGCGUGCAGUUGAAAUGAAGGGGUACGUUUGCUGUACAGAUUUUAGUUUUUUAUAAAAGCAUUAUAAGUUCUGAAGAAGACCAUUUCAUAAUGGCGCUUGUACGCUGUUUUUAGUCUUGAUGUACUUAAAAAAAGGGGGAAAGUGUAUCCAAAUACAUUUCUGUAGUUUUUUUAGUAGCACACAAAAUCUUUUCUGCAUUCCAUUUCUACAACUUGCUCUCUAGAUUAUGGAUUCUGAAGACCAUAAGGUUCACUUAUCAGUGAAAGAUGUGCAGGACACUCUUGAGGCAUACCAGUGCCUCAAGUGCACAAAAUUUCACUGUCCGCUUUGUCCUAAGGACAAUAUAAAAUUUGAUGAGAACUUCCAGGCAACCGGCCACCUUCAGUCCCAUUUAUCUUGGGUGGUAGUACAUGGGUGUUUCAAAAUCUAUAAAUGCCACCUCUUGUGUCGCAAAACAACUCACUACCACUGUUGUUACUGUGACAAAACAGUAAUACGUCGGACUGACUUUAAAAAACACCUGCUUAUUCAUACAGCAGAUAAGAGUGCAGGUGGACAAGCCACCAGGACUGUGGCUAAUAACCAGGGCGAAAAAUCGUUCACUCUGGUUCAUGGACCAACUGACCAGCCAUCAGCAAUGGCCAGUGAGCGGAGGGAUCAGCAGCCCACCAUGGUCUGUGGACCAACUGACCAGCCAUCAGCAAUGGCCAGUAAGGGCAGGGACCAGCAGCCCAUAAUAGUUCAUGGACCAUCUGACCAGCCAUCAGCAAUGGCCAGUAAGCGGAGGGACCAGCAGCCAACCAUUGUCUGUGGACCAACUAACCAGUCAUCAGCAAUGGCCAGUAAGGGCAGGGACCAGCAGCCCAUAAUAGUUUCUGGACCAACUGACCAGCCUUCUACCACAAACCAGAAACACUGGGGUCUACCAUCGGUGGGGCAGGAGCUAAAACGACAUAAAUCAAGUCAAAAAAAAGUUUCCUGUCCUAAAUGUAAUGUGACAUUAUACUUGAAAAAUUUACAACGACACAUACAAAGAAAGCAUAGAACUGAAAAAAUUGACAUGUGUGUAGAUCGCCACCUUGCCAGCCAGUGCAUUGAUGCAAGAAACGCUCUUAAGCGCAAUGCACGAGUCACCUCGCGCUCUUACAAUUAAACAAGGCGGUAGGUGCCGCCGGGGCAUGUUGUCACAAGGCACGUGGUAACGAGCCGUAUAGCAUGAAAAUCUGAUGUUGAAAGACAUUAAUUCUGUAUUUGGCAGACGCUUUCAUCCAAAGCACGUCGCAGUGUAUUCAAGCUAUACAUGUUAACAGUAUGUGCAAUUUCUGGCUCGAACCCAAAACCUCUACCCAGUGCACUACAGGAAUUCUUGACAAGAUGAAAGCAUAAAAUCUUAAGUCUAAAAUUAUAAAGGGAAAUCUAUUUAAAAUCUGUUAAUAGUUCCACCUGUUCCUCACUGUUUAUUUAUUUAUUUUUUGCACAUGAUGGAGAGAAUCACAAUGUUAUACAUUUCUGAUUGCGUUUAUCUAUAAGUCCCAUGUCAAUGUCCUCAACCAGUCCCCCUUUUGUCAAAAUCCUCAAGUCUGAAGACGUAAUCUUAACAGUUUGAUGUGCACAUUUUAGCACAGGUUGUUUAUAAUGUAUCCUGAUGAUAUUGCAGGGUAAUGCACAGUUUGCAAACGGUUUUAUUGAAAGUAUUAGAAACAAAAUUGCACUAGAUAGCAACCUGCAGCUAAAAAUAAAGGUGCCACACUUUGCCAUAGUACACCCAUUUUGGAUGUAUGGGUCCAUAAAGAACCAUUAACAUCCAAAGGAUCUUUCUGCAGCAAAAGGGUUCUUUAGAUUAUAAAAAGGUAAGAAAGGAAAGUACAGUAGAUGAUAUAGCCUAAAUGUAAAAUCUAAAUCUAAAAAAUCUCAUAAUCUAAAUAUAAUUGAAAGAAAUAAAGUUAAUAUAUGAAAUAUGUGUGCAUUUGUUACCAAUAUUGUGUAUUCUGCUGUUUUGUAACGCACAAAAGAAGCAGUUUGUGUAGCGUACAUAGGCACACAUGUAAGGCUUACAAAAGGAGGGUCUCCAUGGAAACAAUGUAAGAUCUGGAUGCUGAAGAAACGAAACCCUUAAUCCUCAUCAUCUCUGCAGGGAGGUGCACUCAGCGGUCUAGGGGACCGCAUGGUAAGGGUUCCUGCAAUGCAGUAUGUCAUGGCAGAUCAAGAGAGAAAUAUUUAUUGAUAUGCUGCUAGAACAAAUAAACACAAAUAUAUAAUAUGUA